CUCUCCUUUCACCUUACCUUCUUCUCCUGUACCUGUAUAUAAAGCCACGCUCCUCCCCCUCCCAUUCCCUUCCAUAAGGGCUCUCUUCUUCUCUGCGAGGUUUCAUAACCUCGCAGAGAUUAGAAGCCCGUAAGAAAGUCACCUAUAGUAUCACCAUAUCAUAUAUCUAUCACCACCACCACCUUUGAUCUCUCGACAUGGAGCUCCACUCUCCUGCUGCCGCGAAGAAGCUAUGGAACUAUCUUCGCAUCGCCUUCUUCAUGAUGAGGAAGGGGUUUGUUUCCAAGAGGAGGCUAGUGAUGGACAUGAACCUCAUGAUGAAGAGAGGGAAGGUCCUCGGUAAGUCCCUCGGCAAUCUCAUGUUCCACCACCACGCCCGCCCGCCACAUACCCCAAGCUUCGGCCUACGGGAGUACGAGUUCUCAUGCAGCAACAGCCCCAACCCGGUUUUUUUCCACGCGAAGCGCCGCCACAACUACUUCCCUUGCCUGAACGCUGUCGUCGAGGAGCCCGACGAGACCCCGGCGCGGCCCACCGUGGGGCUGCCGAGAAUUGAGUACUCCCCGCAAUGCUCGUUUUUAUCACAAGAACUUGCCCCAGGGGAGCGGCGUAGCCCGCUUCCCUCACCCUUCUCUGUUAGGAUCUCGAACUAUUCGUCGGAGGAUGAGGAAGGUGAUGGCUCCGGCCACGAGGUGGAUGAUGAGGCUGAGGACUUUAUCAGGAGAUUCUACGAGCAAUUACGGGCGCAGAGUCGCAUUGCUUUGCUUCAGUACCAGGAGAUGGAAUACCAGGAGAUGCUUGCGAGAGCAGCGUGAUGGAAUUGUACGUACGUAUGCAUACAUAUACAUGCCUGCAUGUGUACAUACAUACGUGCAGUGCAUUUCUCUUAUAUAUGGUGUUUUCUCAGAACCUUCUUGCAUUUUAGCUGGGGAAGUGGGUUUGGUGCAUGUUUGUGAUGGAUGCGCCUCAUGUUGCAUGACCAUGUAUUUUUUUUGUCUCUCAUUGUAUUUGCUCCUUGUUUUUACCUGUUGUUAUUAUCGCCAUUACUGCUAUAUCUAUGUCAUUAUGAUUCGGGUGGUGUAUCGGUGAUCAGCGCGCGUUUGUGGAUGUCAAGGAUGUUGGGUUUUUCUUUUAAUAUGACCUGGCCAAAUAAACCUCUGUUUAGAGCCUAUAAUGGUUGUGUAACA